AUGUUUACUGAGCAAGGCUCGCUCACACCACAAAUUACACGCCUAACUUCCUCUGCCGUAAGAUGUCCAAAUUGCCUUGAUCCAUCUCCAACAUGGACUGGAGAUACGAAGCCUAAUGACGAACAGGUUCGACAGAGAGAAGAAGCGGAGUUGACGUUACGACAACGGCAACCUUUACCAACUUGGACUUGUGAUAUGGAGGUAAAGCUUUCAAAUGAUCACGCGACUAUGGUUAUACAUCGUGCUAGAAAGACUCUCGUAAAUAUUGAUUUUGUAGAUUAA